AUGCCCAGUCACGUGAAUCACGCUAUGUUUGCCGUCGCUGCAGUCGUCGCCGUCGUUUCUCUCCUCUCAGCGAUUCCGUCGGCAGCAGCGGCAACUCCGCGUACUGGCGGCUGGUCUACCGUGAAAGACGCGGCAAACGAUCAGCACGUGGCGGAUCUGGCCAGCUUCGCCGUCGACGCGUACAACAAGAAGCAGCACACGCGGCUCAGGUUCAUCUCGGUUCUGAGUGCCAAGAGCCAGGUGGUCGCCGGCACCAAGUGGAGCAUCACUCUGCAAGCCGUCGCCCCAGCAGCAAACAAAGGGCGCAUUCGCAUCAACCCACCCCUUACCACUUUCGUGACCGAGGUUUUCGAGAAACCUACGGCAGCGGUAAAGCAGCCUACAGGGGUAGCACACCUGGCAGUAGAGCCGUUUGAGCCGGUUUUAAGACGGCCGGUGGUGGACGAUGGGCAGACGUCAGGCGUGGUGCAGCCAGCUGUGGGCGAUGAACAGCUGGCAGGGGUAGCACAGCUGGUGGGAGAGCAGCAGGUGGGCGGUGGGCAGACGUCGGCGGUGCAGCAGCAGCCGGCGUUGGUGGGUUCUCUCGAGCUGCGCUCCUUCAAGAAGAAAUGA